CAGCUCUAAGACAGACAUUCAGGAAUUGCACUUCCUGUGUUUGGUGAGAGAAGAAUGGAGCAGGGGAGAAGGGGAGAGUUGCCUGCUUUUAUCCGGAGGUCAACACAGACGAUCAUGUUGGCAGUAGAGGGGAGGGGACAGGAUUGAUUUGUGGUCAGACUCGAAAGCCUUUUGGUGGAUUUGCAGGAGAUCUGCCUGUUCAGUGAGAGAAGACAGAGAGAAGGAGAGGAGGGGGAAGAUAAGUGUCAAUCUGUUGAGACUUGUUUGGGAAUUUGAGGAGGGAGGGGAGGUGGGGGAGAAACAUAGAGAGAGAGGCAGAAAGAGGGAAAAGCAAGGAGUGCUCAGGCGUAAACAUAAGGCUUUUCCAAAGAGCAGACUGAGUUUAUAGUAUCACGAAGAAGAGAGAGAGAGAGUUCAGAGUGAAUAAGAAAGAAGAAUAUUUUUUUCAAGGCACCUAGACAAUGUGAACGCAGGGAAUGAAUUCUUGUCUGUUGUGCAAUCCCAUGCUUUUGAGCUGAGCUGGACAGCGGGGAGAUCAGAUCUCCCCAGAAUACUACAUUCAGGUUCUGAAAAUUAUGGUACGAUGGGGACCAAAAGGCAAAACUGGACCCUCUUUGACACUUUAUCCAAUCCAAACACUGCUGACCGCAAACAUCAGCCAGGUGGACAGCUCUCUCGGGACCCCAGCCCAAGACCAGGGACCACUGCCCAGUCAGAGCGAGAGAGAGAAAGGAGCCAAGAGGAGGACUGGAGGAGAGAAAGAGAAAUGGAGAGAAUGAGGGAAAAAGCAAGAUACAAAGGGAAAGAUAUGGACCCACGAGAGAGAUACUCUGAGAGAGACCGGCCUCCUGCACCCAGACCCAGAGAGGCGGAAAGAGAAUCGAGGCAAGAUGACAAGAGAAACAAAAAUGGAAGGCCGCUGUCAAAUUUAGAGAAGGAGACCGAGAGAGAAAUAGAAAGGGAGAGAAAGAAAGGUGAUACGUUUCCCAGAAUGAGAAGAGGCAGCAAGGAGAGAGACAGAAGAAUGACUGCAUGUACCGAGACAGAGGAGGGAAGAGGAGGAAGAAGGCAGAUCGAUUGGCAAAAAGCGAUAGAGAUUGAUGACUUUGAGAGAGAGCGAGAGAGAGCAUGGAGGAGAGAGAGGCAGCGAGAUAGAGAGACAUACAUGCAAGACUCAGGAAGGAAGGCAAGGAGGGAGAGAGAAAAUAAUAGAGGGAGACCCAUGGAAGAUGGGACAGCACGGCAAAGCGAAAGACCCAGGGAAUCUGAUCCUGGUUUACGUGAUAGGAGGAGAGAGAGGGAUGUAGAGGUCAGUGACCUGUGGGACAGAAGAGAACGGGACGCAGCUAGAGAGAGAGAGAGGCCAAGAACAAACUUGGGAGAUAGGGAGGCCAGGGUGCCUUCUCCUCGCAGGAGAAGAGAGCUCUACGCAGACAGAGACAACAGGGAAAAGGCAGAGAGGAGGGAAAGAAACAGGGACACCAAGAGUGAGGGAGACACUGAUGAGACAGAAAUGAGGAGGAGGAGAGUGAGGGACAGAGAGAGAGAGGAGUUGAUGUACCAACACAGCAGAAGUGAGGGGGACAACAAGGGAAGCACCACACGAGAGAGAGAGCGAGAAAGGCAGAGGCACAGUGAGGAGGAUAGGCAGAGAUACAGAGAGCGGGAUCGAGGGAGAGAAUCAGAUGCAUCCAGAAGACAAGAUCACAGCAGAGAGAGGAGAGCCGAGAAAGAUAGAGAGAGGGACAGAAGAAAAGACAGGGAGGGGGAGAGAUGGAGGGAUAAUAUGAGAGACAUGAGGGGCUGCAGACAAAAUGACAGAGGGUGGCCAGGUGACAGGAGAGAGGGAGACCGAUACAGAGAGAGGGAGGAUAACGAGAGGAGAAGCAGAGAAAGAAUGGAAAGAGAGACCGAUCCUAGGUGGGACGAUGCAGCAGGCAGAGGUAGCCGAUCACAGAGAGAGCCGGCCCCCAGGCCUCCUCCGCGAGCCCAGAGCAGUGGAGAGUGGAGUAGCGGUAUGGACAGUGACAGAGGAUAUAGGAUGGGAAGAGACAGUUAUGAAGAGAGAGAAUCCGGGAGAGAGAGCAUGCCAGAAAGCGAAAGAGAUGUAGAAGACGAAAAGAGUGGCAGGGGAGCUGCUGAAAGAAGCCGGACGGAGCAAAAAAGAAGUGAGAAACCAGACAGAGAUAGAGAGGAGAGGAUGAGUGGAGCGUCAGCACAGAGAAGGAUGUGGUUAGAGCCACAGAGGGGAAAAAAUAGCAAAGAGUCGUCCUUAGAAGAUGAAUUCAUAGAAAUGGAGAAACAUACGAGGCGGAAAGAGAGGAAAAGAGGAGGAGAAGAGAGAAAGACGGAGUCACAGACAUACAGGGGGAGCCAGGGGCGGGGAGUAAAAGAGGAACAAGAUGAGAGCUACUCGGACCAAAGCAAGUCUAGAGGGAGACAUUGUGAAACUCGGAGGCAUGGAGAUAGAGAGGAGCCUAUGGAGAAAAGAGGAGAAACAGACAGGAGGACAGAGGGUGUAAGUGUAGAUGGAGAGGAGGUGGGUGAGGCCUGGAGAGAGAGAGAUAAGAGAGAAAAGGGACAUCUGUCAGACUGUGAUGCAGGGAUAGAGGGAAGCCAGCCGAGGGACAGAGAGAGAGAGAAUGUGACAGAUAACACAGAGGAGAGUGACAGAGAGGAAGAGGGAGGGAGCGAUUACUAUGCCCGCUCUGAGAGUGAAGGAGGAAGUGAGACAGGGUGGGAGCAAGACAGGGACAGAAUGCUGUCAGGAGAGGACGGUUUUAUUACUGUGUCCAGCGGCGGAGACGGGGAGGAUGAGAGGGAGGACGAGGAGUUCGAGGACUGUAGGGAAUUCUGGGAGGUUGGCGCCAACUAUGAUGACAAUCCAUCAGCGGGCUUCGAGAGGUAUGAGGGAGAGGAGGAAAGGCAAGGGGAAUGGGGAGAAGGGAGUGAAGGUAGUGUUGAGGAAGGGGGAGAAAACGGAGUAGGGCAGGAGAAGGAAAUGCACCCAAAGUAUGUUUUCUGUGUGAUUGGGCAAACGCUGCCCCGGUCAAAACCCAAUAAGAUGUCAGAAAUGGAUCAGCUGGGCAGAGCGGGAAACAUCGACCAGGAUUCAGGAAAUAGUCAAUAUGGCAACGAUGACAUCACUCGGCAACCCAAGAAUGACCUGCAUCUUGUUCAUAGCAGAGAUGCUGAUUACCCCAUGAACAACAACAACAAAGAGACAGAGAGGGACAAGUAUAAUAUGACAAAAGAGGAAAGACCCAACACUGAUGAGACAUCUAGAGUGGAUAUCAGAUACAGGGUAUCCCCAGAAUUUGAUGAUGGAGACACUGGCGAUGGAGUGAAGAGCGACGUGGAGCACCCAUACGCCAAGAUAGGGCCGCUGGGAAGAGACUCACAGACUGAAAAACUCCUCAAAGAGUGGAGGGAAAGAAAUGAAGAACAGACAGGAAAGGAGAGUGAACAACUUCCACCAAGCCCCAUUAAUCCCUAUGGUGAGGUUAGUUCUCAUGAGAUUUUUGUGCCAAUUCAACCCGCCUUGGAUGGGAUUAAUUCUGCAACAAUAAGUCCUGAGGAGGAGGAGGCCCUCCAGAUCCGUAUGAGCGGGGCAUGGAGCAUGUCGGAGGAGGCUAAGCGACACUCCCAGGCUCCCCACCUUAAAUGGGCCAAAAAUGUAGUGCGAGAGAUCCUGGGACCCUCUGAGGAGCAGGCCAUUGAUGACCCUAAUUCAGCACAACAGGGAGGCCAGGAGGUCAGCCAGUCCGACAGAGGCAGCGAGAGACAGGAGCAAGUGGAGGAGAUGACAGAGGGCGUUGGAGAGAUGCCUAUUUAUGCCAAAGUGCAAAAGUUGAAAGUGGAAGAGCAAUUCUCAGAGCCGGAGUUGGAUGAGGGACAGGCGGAGCCACUGGAGUUGGAGGAAAUGAGAGGUAUGGGGCAGACUUCUGCAGACAUGCAUACUGAGCAGUUUGCAGCUAUGCAUGGUGACACAUCUACAUACACUCAUACUGACACACUGUUAGACACUGGAGGGAAGGAAGCUCAUAGUCCUCCCAUGGACAAAACCACCACACUCUGUGGUGACCUCCAGGUAGAAAUGGCAACAAAAGAUGUGGUGGUGAGAGACGUUAGUGAGGCGGCAGCUGAUGAGGUUAAGAUAAUAGGAACAGAAGAAGAAAUGAGCAGAGAGAAGGAAGUGGAGAUGUAUCUGUCUGUGAGUAACACACUUUAUAAACCUAGCAGCUGCCCUAUUCUCAAUUAUCAACCUGAGUCUAACCUCCCUGACCCUUCUGUAGAGCAAAAGGGUCAGGGGGAGGAAGACAGAACGGGUGGAAGUGAAGAAGAGGGGCAGGGAGAGGAGUCAGAGGAGAAGGACACUGGGGAGGAGGAGGUGGGAAGGACGAGUGGGGGAGAAGGAACAGAGGAGGAGGUCAGAGGGGGUGACGAGGAGGCAGAGAGAAUGACAGGUGGCGGGUUGGUGAAGAGCAGCGUCAGUUUCCGAGAUUUGGGUCCCGAGGCUCGCAUCAGACGAAGGGGAAUCCGCAAAACAACCGAAAGAAGAAAAGAAGAGCUUGUAGAGGAGGAAGAAGAGGAAGGUGUUGGAAGGGAUCGCAGAACAAGAAUAUUCUCCACACCAGAUGAUGACGAUGCUCGGAGUGAAAGCUGGGGAGAAGUGGAGCUGAGGAAUGUUUUGGACACAAUUGGGAGAAGGAAAAGGAACUCGAAAUUUUUUAAUGCCGCACAGCUAUACCAGCAGUACAGUGAGGCAGCCCAAAACAUUGAGAUCCUGCGCCAGUCCCGCUCCGAUGUCCUGUCUACGUGUGAGGAUCACAGCGUCCACCUCGUCGCCCCACUCCCCUCUUCCUCUCCCUCUUCCUCCCCAGCUCCUUCACCCCCCCCUGCCCGCAGACCACUCCCUCCCCUGCCACCCGUCCCCCACCCCCACUCCUUGUCACAUUCAGGCUCUAUCUCCAGUACCACUGGCAGUACCAAGAGUUUGCCCGUCCCUGAGCGCCCAAAGAUUGAAGGCAGGCCUUCCUCCCCACGUCUGUCCAUCUCUCUCACCCAGUCGGCUACGUUGUGGCGGGAGUUGCCUGCAGUCAGGAACAGUGGUGGGCUGGAAGACCUCACAGAGGACCAGAGGCGCCUACAAGAGGUGAGGUUUGAGGUGGUGACCUCAGAAGCCUCCUACUGCAGGAGUUUAGACAUCGUGGUGGAACAUUUUGUCAAGUCCAAACAGCUGGGGGUGCUGUUGACCACCCAGGACAGGAACUGGCUGUUUUCCCGGCUGGCUGAUGUUCGUGCCAUCAGUCACAGCUUCCUCUCAAAACUGGAGGAGCGGGUGGAAAAUGACAUCAUGCACUUUACGGUGUGUGAUAUCAUCGCUCGUCAUUGUCAGCGCUUCAAAAUGGUUUAUGUGCCCUAUCUCACCAACCAGUCAUACCAGGAUGCCACCUAUCAGAGACUGAUGAAUGAAAAUGCAGGCUUCAAGAGAAUAGUGGAGAAAUUAGAAAGGAGUCCUGUUUGCCAAAGACUUCCUCUUCGCUCCUUCCUUGUGCUCCCCUUCCAGAGGAUCACACGAAUUAAGCUGCUGGUCCAGAACAUAGUGAAGAGAACGGCUCCAGAUACUGAGGAGGUGAUACAGGCCAUCAAAGCUUUGAAACUACUGGAGAAACUAAUACAAGAAAGCAAUGACAGCAUUACUCAGAUGAAGAGCAUCGAGUCACUGGUCUCUCUUAGUGCGAAGGUGGACUUUGAGUGCAGGACUCUUCCUCUGAUCAGUCAGUCACGGCGGCUGCUGCGGGAAGGGCUGGUCACUGAACUGAUGGAUUUCUCUCUGAAGGAAACAGAGAGGAAUGUUUACUUGCACCUGUUUAACGACUACUUGCUGCUUUCACUACACAAAGAAGGGGGAAGGUUCACAGUGAUAGAUCAUGCCCCCGUGUCAGAUCUGCGUGCAGAGAACUGCCGUGUCAAACUUCACUCCCUGCAGAAGAACCUGUUUCGCCUCCACCUCUCACACAAAGCCCUGCUGCUGAGAACGGACAACCAGAGUGAUAAGCUGCGCUGGAUAUCAGCUGUUUCCCGGCCUCAUCCUGAAAUAGAUUUUUCUGCUGCUCAAGAUUUUACCCAAAUGCAGUGUAUUAGGGCCUUUGUUGCUCAGCAACCGGAUGAGCUGUCCUUAGAAAAAGCUGAUAUCAUACUGGUGCACCAACAAAGCAGUGACGGUUGGGUGGAGGGCACCAGACUGUCUGACCGACAUCGUGGCUGGAUGCCCGAGUCCCAUUUGGAGACCAUUACCAACCCCAGAGUCCAACAGCGCAACCUGUCAGAUGCCCUCAAACUUACAACAGUCACAGCUGCAGUUUGAGAGAGUGAGAGAGAGAGAGAGAGUCAGUCAGGAUCUGAACAGAGGGACAUCUCAGAUGCGCAGAGCAGGAUGAGAGUCACAGCUGUAUGCCUCAAGUUCCUGGAGGCUGGACCGUGGUUGGUGAUAUACUCCAGCGUUGGAUUUCCAUCUCCAAACUGUUUUGAAAAGCGUGCAACAGCUGUUGUGCUGUAUUGAUACACGUGAAAGUAGCAUUUGGUCUUGUUUGUUUCACUUUGUGGGCUAUUUACCCAGUAGGAAGCAAUGUCCGAGGACAAUGAACAAACUGUCAUAGAGGCCUGCCUGAAAGGAACUUGAUACUGUCUUGGGAAUGUGAGAAGCAUGGGACACAAAGAUGCAUUCUCUACAAUAACUGUAUAUGCAUUACAGACAGCCCAUCACACGUACUGAUAUACCAAUGGAGUGUUGUUUUGGAAAAAAAAAAAUGCUUUAAAGGGAGAUUGCUGUUUGCAAGAAAUGUCACUUUUAGAUAAAGUACCAUUCCUGUAUAUUGAAUUCAGUGGUUUACGGUGCAUGCCUGUUGAUGACUAUGCUCCUCUAUGCAGGAGACCAGACAGAAAACAUGCAAAAAUAUCCCACCUUUUAAAGAGUUAAGUGCAAUGUCAAUAUGUGCAGAACACUGUACGUUAUAAUGAAUACAAUGAGAAUAUUUCAUGAAAUUAAAAUUUGU